CCGCAACAGGACAUCAGUUGAGUUCGGCUUUAGUCACACAUCUCCAACACCCGUCACAAAGAAUGAAGCUUGCUGCGGCGUUUGCCCUCGUGGGCCUGUUGGCCACCCUCGCCAGUGCCCGCUCGCUGCUGGACAUCGAUCCGGCGCGCGUCAAAUCGAUCGAAGAGUACGAUCGCUACUGGCGCCGUCUGCCGGCCGAGCUGCAGUAUCUGCGCACGGUGGAGCAGCCGACCCGUCGCAUCACCAACGGUCAGCUCGCGACGACCGGCCAGUUCCCGUACCAGGCCGUCGUGUACAGUGAGGCCGGCGACGGGUACUACAGCCUGUGCGGUGGGACCAUCCUCACCACGACCUACGUGCUGACCGCGGCUCACUGCGUGACCGACGACUUCGAUCGGGCCGUUACGGGCGGUAUCGUGUUCCUCGGCGCCACCGACCGCUCCGUCUUCCAGUCGACCCAGCAGCGCAUGUCGUUCGGCAACGCGGGCAUCCGCGUCCAUCCGCAGUACAACUCGACCAGCAUCCGCAACGACAUUGCGACCGUGCGCCUCGAUACGGCCGCCAUCUUCAACACGUACGUGAAGGCGAUCGAUCUGCCCGCCCGCUCCGAUGCGCGCCAGUUCGGCGGCUUCGAAGGUACGGCAUCCGGGUUCGGGCGCACCGCCGACACGGUGCCGGCCGCCUCGAACGUGCUGAUGUUUGUGCGCAACCCGGUCAUGACGAAUGCGCAGUGCAACGCGUACUGGAGCACCGGGCUGGUCCAGGCACAGAACGUCUGUCUCGAUCCGUACGGUGGACGGUCGGCUUGCCACGGUGACUCGGGCGGUCCGCUAGCGGUGCAGGACGCUGGGCGCAGUCUGCAGGUGGGCAUUGCUUCGUUCGUGUCUGCCAACGGCUGUACGUCCGGUGCGCCGUCCGUGUGGGUGCGCGUCUCGUACUUCCGUGACUUUAUCAGCCAGAACUCGAACUACGUGUUCCGUGCUUGAGGGAAGGUAGCGUGAAUUGGUUGAAUGAUUUGAACGUUUUCAAAGAGAUUUAAAAAUAAAAGGCUUAAGGAAAAAGGAAGAUAAAUAACA